GGGGUGGGGAGACCCUCACAACUGCGGCUGGGUUCCUUCCAAGGGAUACUAGGGUCCCUUCGGAUUCGCUUUGGCAUUUGCAUUUUUUGAGCAAAAAAGGAGCUCAGAAUGAUCACAGCAGCAUGAAGGAACAACAACACAUUGCAGUCACUGUAAUAUCAAGCCGAGCAGCAUAGAGACAAAGCCAACAGCGACAGCAAAUCCACCAAAACAAUUAACGCGAUUCAAAAAAGUUAUGUUAAAAGUUUCCAGGCAGUGGUGGUGGUGCUGAAGCAUAAGAAAUAUACUUUAAAAAUAAAAAAUCACCUUUUUUUGGUGAGGGCGUGCCUUGCAACUGAAAUAUAAAACAGUACGAAAUGCAGUUAAAAUUUCCUGCACUGGAAGGGCUUGAACCCAAUGACCCUUUGGGUCCCUUUCCAAUUCUGCGAUUCUGUGAAAAAGAACCCAAAUGCAGCAGUUGGUGAUGCAGCCGUCAAAAAGUGGAAGAAUGAAGGGUGUUUGGGGAUGACGGAAUUGCUUUCCAGAUACUGUCUAAAGGCAGAGUUGGAAGAGACACCAGGCAUCUUCUAGUCCAAACCCCUGCAAUGCAGGAACCACAGCCAUCCACGACAGAUGGCCAUCCUACCGCCAAGGAAAGAGUCCACAACCUUCUGAGCAAUUCUGUUCCAAUGUCUCAGAAAGCUCUUCCCAAUGUUUAGUUGGAAUCUCCUGACUUGCAACUUGAAUGCAUUGGUUUGGGUCCUGCUCUAUCUUCCAUUUGGCAGCCCUUCGGAUAUCUUUUCUCCUCUUCCUCUCAACUCCCUCAUCCCCAACUCGCUCAACCGUCCCUCAUAAGGCUUGGUUUCCAGACCCUUGAUCAUCUCGGUCGCCCUCCUCUGCACACAUUCCAGCUCAUCGACAUCCUUCUUAAAUUGUGGACACAGCCCUACGAUUUCCCUAGAGGAGUCUUGAUUUCUCUUGUGCAUGGUGAGAAAUGGCACGAGCGUUUUGUAUCCUCUUUCCCUGAAGCAUUGGGAGAUAUUGAUGUCCAUCUUUUAUUGGGCCAGCUUCUGUUGGUGUAAGGAUUUACAGCUUAGGGAAGGCGGUGACCUUGUGUGGAGCUGGAAGGCAGGCGAUUGGAUGAGACUCCGGUAGCUUUCCAUUCUGUUGUGCCAGCUGAAUAGGUGGGUAGCUGGUAAAUGAUUGCAAGGCUGGCUUGGGAUCUAAAUUCCUUCAAUAAAAGGAACUGCAAGAUGGGACUUUGGUGGUGUAUUUCUCAUGCUGGGUUGCCCUCUUGCGGAGAGAAAAGGUGGUUACGAUUUUAGUGUGAAACCCUUUCCGACGAGGGCAAGCGUGACGAUGAUUAAUUUUAGCGUAGCGGUUUUUGUUUUAAAGUGGAGAAUGGCAGCUGAGUUGGAGAUGCACGGAAAGGGGAUCUCUCUGCAUCUGAAAGUGAGGUCUGGUGUGGAGAGUUAAUGGUCAACAUGCUUUCUUUUCUUCUUUUUGGUAUAGGAAACAGGCUGUUCAAAAAUGGCAAAAUGUAUAGUUCCAAUCCCUAACUAGCGAAGGGUGGAAGUGGGGACCAAGGGCUUCCUUUCACAGAACUGUAGAAUUGGAUGGGACCCCCAAGAGUCAUCCGGUCCAACCUCCUGCACUGCAGGAAUCACAGCUUCCCCCAAUGGCUAUUAACAAGCCAAACACCCAACUGCCUUUGGUCCAGCUGAUUUAAGCAAGGGAUUUAAGCAAGGUGAAACAGCUGCAAAUCAGAACAGAAGGCUUACUGAGGCCAGUAUCCUUUUGUCCCGCAGCUGCCGACCAGAUGAUGACGAUAAUUUAAUUCAUAUCUCAUUUCAUGCCCAAAUAGGCUUCUGAGUGGUUUACAAAGUGUAGCCGCCAAUUACACAAACAUUAUACCACCCGUAAUUAAAACGCACUAUAAAACAAUCUCAGUAAAACAACCCAGCUAUUAAAAAGUGGAAACUCUGGUCGAGAGAUCAAGAAAAUCCAAGGUGCCUCUGGGUUGUCCACAAACAGGUGAUGGUGGGGGCAUACUGAUGGGCGACUGGAGCAACGUUUUGCACAUUUAAGCAAAGCAGGAGUAGGCUAUGAGCAGGAAAGGGGGUGGUUGCCUUCAGAAACUGAAGGAGAAACGAGGAGUUCGGAAAGGGUGCUUGCAUGUAUGUGGGGUAUGAGAUCACUUCUGCCAACUUUGCAGGAGUUGCUAAACUUUGAAGGCCCCCAGCAAGAUUUUAUUGUGCACUCUUCCGCAAACCGUGCCAAAAUACCUUAUCAGCUCCUAUGCAAUCUUUUUUUGCAAUUGUGGCAAGUCUUUUUGCAACAUGAUUGAUGUUUUCGCUAUACUAGACUUGUUAUUUGUUUUUAAAAAUCUUAAUAUAAACAUUGAUUUUUUUAAAAAAAUAUCAAAAGUUUUCCCGCUUGAGCGCAGGAAUCUGGAGGCAGAGCAUUGGGCCCUCUUGCUGUUGUUGCUGUCCAUUCAUUUUUAUUUCAUGGAAUUUAUACAAUGCUUGAUGGGUUGUUUUAAAAAAAUAUCCUCAGAGCAGUUUACAAAAAGAUAAAACGGGAAAGUCAAGAAAAAAUUACCACUGUACCUCGAAAACAUACAAAAAGUCAAAAUACUGAAACGGGUUAAAACACACAUCAAGUUUCUAAGCACCAGGACAGGCUUGUCUAAACAAGAAUGUUUUUAACAGGUGCUGAAAAGAAUACGCUGAUAUCAAUAGGCAGGGAGUUCCAAAGUAUAGGCACUGUCACACUCAAACAUUGAGUUCUUACACAUGCAGAACAGGUGUGAUUUGGCACCUGGGGUGCCCGUUCCACUGAUGGAAGAGAUCAUGUGGGCACAUCUGGGAUGAAGCAAUCUCCCAGGUAAACCGCUCCCAGGUUGUUAAUGGCUUUGUGUACCAAGAGUAACACCUUGAAUUUGGUCUGGUAGCUAAUGAGCAGCCAGCGCAGAUCUCUGAGCCCAGAUGUUAGGCGCUGGCAAGCCUGUUCGAGCUGCCGGUAGCUCCCUGAGUCUUGUGUCAUCACAACCGCCGCAACCCACCCCUGACACUCCCUCUUCAAGCUUGAUGGCUUGAGAGGAGCUGUGUCAAGAGAGGCUCCCCCCUGAGCCUUCAAAAUCUGAAGCGGCAAUUAUGCAAGAUUCCAGGCGGCAUUCUGGAGGGGCUGCUCUCCCUUUCAAGUCUCUGGAAUGGAAUCGUAAUGGCACACAUUUUUUACGCUGGCAAUUAGAUGCUGCAUUGCAAUUCAGCGCCACGCAUCCCACACUGUUUUUCAUUUGUGGGUGUGGGAGUGUUUUUAAGGGCCAGAUCACAAGAGCCACAUAACAGAGAUUUUUUUUACAGCGCUGUUUUUAUUGAGAUUUCAAAAUGCAACGCUGGGAAGACGGGGGAUCCGUCCCGAGCUAGCUUUAAAAGAAAGAACUGUGGCAUUAAAAAAGCAAUAACGUAUGGGAUGCUUUUGGUUCCACCUCCAUUCCCAUCGCUGCGGAUCAGAGGAUUGUAGGGCACCCCAAGGGUCAUCUAGUACAACCCCCUGCAAUGCAGGAAUCUCAACUGGAUGCAAUUUACAUGACAGAUGGCCAUCCAACCUCUGCGUAACACUCUCCAAGGAAGAAGACUCCACCACCUUCCAAAGGAGUCUGCAGAAAACAGACUUGCUCCAUCUCCCAUGUGACAGCCCUUGAGACAUUUGAAGUUGACUAUUAUGGGAGGUUAUUGUUGGCACCACAGGAAUUGUCCUACGGUCUCCCACAGGGUCCCACAUUUUGUCCCCUUUGCUGGCUGACAUCUGGGAGUUGUCAUCAGGAGGUCUGGAGUGAAGUGUCAUCAAUACAUGGUUCGCACUCAGCUCCAUCUCUCUGUCCCAUCUGAAUCGGGAGAGGUGCUCGAGGUGCAAACUGCAUCUGUUGCAGCGAAACUAUAUUUAAACUGUAAUCUUCACCACCUGUAAUCUUUGCAUUCCAUUGCCAUUCAACUCCCACCUUUCGAUAUUCUCCUUUUAGAUACCUGCCACCUAAGAUUUUGCACCGAGUAUCUGACGACAUAGGCUCGAGUCCAUGGGAGCUUUAUGGCAUGAUAGAUUUGUGGUGCCACGAGAUUCUGCUUUGCUUUUUGUGUAAGAGCCCAACAUCUCCAUAAUUUUUUUGAAAAACAACCACACAUCUGUUGUGUGGCUUGUGACGUUUGGGAAAGGGCCAUGGGAGGGAGUUUUGCAGAAGUGUGUGUUGGGUUUGGUUGCUGUUCUGACAAACCCCACCCUGAUUCUGUGGCCCAAAUGCCUUUGGAGCGGAGUAGGUGAAAGAAAACUACAGGUUGUGCACUCAGCAUCUUCAAUGGAGUUAUAACUUUCACACUGUACUAUAUAAAAAAAGCAUUGGCCACUUGGCUCCCCGUCAUGUUAAUACCUGGUUAGCACUGUAGUUUUGUUUUAUUUUUAAUAUUUUGUUAGGAGCAAACCCAGAAUGGCUGGGGGCAACCCAGUCAGAUGGGCAGCAUAUAAAGGUUGUUGUUGUUGUUGUGUAUGCCACACUUCCAGACUGCUGAAUGUUGCCAAACAAAGGGAACAUGUCAGUCCCUUGUUAAAACGACUUCACUCGCUACUGAUCUGUUUCUGGGCACAAUUCAAAGUGCCCAAGCUACCUGAAAGAUCACCUCUCCCAUUAUGAACCUGCCUAGAUGCUGAGAUCCCUGGGUCUGAAAGAAACCCUUCGACUGUGAAUUGAAGCAGGAGGACAGACCCAAGAUGGCUUCACCGGCAGACAGUUGCAUCCAGUUCACCCGACACGCGAGCGACGUCCUCCUCAAUCUCAACCGCCUCAGGAGCAGGGAUAUCCUGACGGACGUGGUCAUCAUCGUCAACCGGGAACAGUUCCGAGCCCACAAAACUGUCCUGAUGGCCUGCAGCGGCCUUUUCUACAGCAUUUUCACCGAUCAGCUGAAGUGCAAUUUGAACGUCAUCAACUUGGACCCAGAGAUCAACCCCGAAGGGUUCGGCAUCCUCCUUGAGUUCAUGUACACCUCCCGUCUCAACCUGCGGGAGAGCAACAUCAUGGCUGUCAUGACCACGGCUCUCUACCUGCAGAUGGAGCACGUGGUAGAUACGUGCCGGAGGCUGGUCAACACCAGUGACACAGAGAUGAUGUCUGCUGUGAAGACUCAGCGGGAAGACUUUCUGGGCGGUCGCCUGGCCAGCCACCCGGACAUGAUGGGAUACAGGAGCAGCAGGGAAGUCUCUGAAAGCGGGCUGCCUCUCCGAAAUGGGCCCAUCUGCGACGGAAGAGCCUUCGUCCCCGGCUUGUACGGUGGUCUUUCGGGCUCCCCCAUCUCCUACACUGGAUACAGCCCCAUGCCCGUCGGCGGGUACCUCUUCUCAGACGAUGAGCUGCGGGAAGCAAGGAUGCCCCUCUCGGACAUUUCCAGGGCCAACCCUUUCCCGAGGGAGCGGGCGCUGCCGUGCGGCGCAUCCCGGACGGGCGCUGCAGAUUAUGCCCGUAGCAUCGCCGAGGUGUCUCCCGGCAUGUGCCAGGCUGCCAUCUACUCCCCGAAGAAAGCUGCUGCCGAAGAGGUCAAAAGCGAUGUGCACUACAGCGCCGCCCCUGCCCCCAAGCCCGCCGCCCCCUUGGUAGCCCGCAACAGCGCCUACUUCCCCUGUGACAAGGCAGGGAAGGAUGAGGAGAGGUCCCCCUCCGAAGACGACAUCAGCCAGCGCUUCGAGGCAAGCAAUGCCCCCAUGAACCGCAAGGUGCUGGUCAGCCCCCAGAGCCCGCAGAAGUCAGAUUGCCAGCCCAACUCGCCCACCGAGUCCAGCAGCAGCAAGAACGCCUGCAUCGGGCAAGGUCCCGGCGGACCGCCAUCGGCCAAAAGCCCCACCGACCCCAAGGCUUGCAACUGGAAGAAGUACAAGUUCAUUGUGCUCAACUCCCUCAACCAGAGUGCCAAGCCGGAUGGGCCUGAGCAGGGCGAGGCGGGCACCCUCUCCCCCCGCGCCUAUGCCCCCUCCCUGACCUGCCAGCAGUCGAUGGAGCCAGAGAACCUGGAUGUUCAGUCCCCCACCAAGAUGAGUGUCAAUGGGGAGGACUCGACAAUCCCGCAGGCGAGCAGGCUGAACAACAUCGUCAACAGGUCGCUAGAUGGGUCUCCUCGGGGCAGCGAGGACCAGUCGCCUUUGUACUUGCAUUCUUCCAAGUGCAGCUCCUGCGGUUCGCAAUCCCCCCAGCAUUCUGAGAUGUGCCUUCAUACCCCCGGCUCACACUUUGGAGAAGAGAUGGGAGAAACGCAAUCGGAAUACUCCGACUCCAGCUGUGAGAACGGAACCUUUUUCUGCAACGAGUGCCACUGCCGCUUUUCGGAAGAGGCGUCCCUGAAGAGACACUCCCUCCAAAUGCACAGCGACAAGCCCUACAAGUGUGACCGUUGCCAGGCCUCCUUCCGCUACAAAGGGAACCUUGCCAGCCAUAAAACUGUGCACACAGGCUCCGUUCUGUUUGUCGAGACAGGCGAGAAGCCGUAUCGCUGCAGCAUCUGUGGGGCCCAGUUCAACCGGCCAGCCAACCUGAAGACCCACACGCGGAUCCACUCGGGAGAGAAGCCCUACAAGUGUGAGACCUGUGGGGCGAGGUUCGUCCAGGUAGCACACCUGAGAGCUCAUGUGCUGAUCCACACCGGGGAGAAGCCCUACCCGUGCGAAAUCUGUGGGACCCGCUUCCGGCACCUGCAGACGCUCAAGAGUCACCUGCGAAUCCACACUGGGGAAAAGCCCUACCAUUGUGAAAAGUGCAGCCUGCACUUCCGCCACAAAAGCCAACUGCGCCUCCACUUGCGCCAGAAGCAUGGCGCCAUUACCAACACCAAGGUGCAGUACCGCGUCUCGACAGUGGAAGGCGCCGCCGAGCUCCCGAAGGCUUGCUGAAGGAAGGACCUGUUUCUCGGCAAAAGAGGAGGAACGGCAGUGGGGGCAGGCGCGAUGUCCAAAGGAAACUUGUAACACUUUAGGGGGGGGCGCGGGGGACAAAAACUUUAUUAUUCUUUCUUGUCACACAAUGGAGUGCCUCUCGAAGCCCGGAGGGCAGUUGCAAAGGAGAAAGAGAGAAAUAGUAUCAUGAAACGGGUUUUACAUUUCUUUCUUUUUUUCCCUGCUUCCCAAUUAUGUGAAUUUUUAAAAAGUAUAUAUAUCUAUAUAUCUAUAUAUCGCUCUCUCUAUAUAUCUAUAUAUAUAUAGUCAGAUCGACAUUUUGUGUGUGUGUGUGUGUGUGUGUGUGUGUGUGUUUAUGUGCAAGAGAGUUUGGGUUGGGGGGGGGGAACCCCUGUCUUUUAAAAGUCUGUGCGGCAAAAGGCCCGACCCUUUCGCAGCCAGGAGAUGAGGAAUGUAGAUCGUUUCAUGGGAACAAGUUGUGUUUCUUUUUUCUUUUCGUUUUCUUUUUUCUUUUGCAAAUUGUGCGUUUUUUAACGAAAGAGCGGGGCGGGGGGGGGGGGGAAGAGAUUGUAUAUGCUAUCAGAAUGGAGAGGGCUUUAACUUUUUAACCAAAGGUGAUGGAAUCUAUGGCAGAGUUGUAAAUAUAUGAAAAUAUAUAUAUAUAUAAAAUAUAUACAAAAUAUAAACCUUUAAAAAAGAGAUAUUGAAUGCAUAUAUAUAUAUAUAUAUAUAUAUAUAUAUAUAUAUAUAUAUAUGUGUGUGCAUUAAAGUCUCCUGCUAAGCCUCUGCAGGCAGAUGGCUGAUCUGGGAGUCUUUAUUGUGACAAAGCACUUAACAAGAUAUUUUAAAAGUAUUGCAUCUGUAUUAGUGAGAAAAUAUUUUGUCUAAGAGCAUUGAGUGUGUAUUUGUAUUUUUUGCAAGUGAAGGUUUACAAUUUACAAAAAAAGUGUGUAUUAAACCAACAAAGCUGCAGAAGGAAUUUAAAAUAAUUUAAAAAACGUAAUUUUGUGUUCUGUUUUACUUCUUCUUUCUUUCUUUCCUUUCCCCCAGUCUGUAUAUAUGUACAAUGUUCGUUUGGGGUUUUAUUUUUAUUUCUCUCUUGUUUUGCGUUUUCUCACAGUGCCUUUUUUUUCGACUAAAUUAGAGCCCAGUUUUGAGGUACGGUGUCGCUAUAAAGGGGGUCGUUGCAGGCUCUUGAUGGAGAAUGUCAGGUGUUGUUGUUUUUUUAAGAUAAUAAUAAUAAUAAUAAUAAUAAUUUGGUCUCAUUUUAUACACUUGUGUUACAAUCAGUCAAUCUCGGGUGACAGGGUUUGGGGGUGUGUCAAACUGCAUUAAUGCGUUCUGUAAAAUAUAGCUGUACAAAUUCAAAAAUAAAACGGCGGAGAGCAACCAUGA